AUGGCAAAUGGCGUCGAAGUACCGUCACAUGGAGUCUGGACAGGAACAUUCCAGUGGAACAGGGCGAAAGUCCGAACAUCAUUUGAAGUCUUUGAUAGCGGUGGUCUCUGGAACUUACUGAUUGGAAAACCCCUUCUAGAACAACUACAAGCUAUGCACGACUACGCAAACGACACCAUCAUCAUUCCAGCCCUACCAAAACCGUAUAUAAUUCAUAACAUAGCUAAUUCAUCCGCAGCACCCAAAUCUAGAUUG